AUGUCAUGCUACCUCUCGGCCGGCGCAGUAGCCAUGGUGCUCCUAACAAAGACGAUAAUCCGGAACAGGAAGGACAAGCAGUUCCUCCCGGCUGCACGGCAACUGGGAGACGGCACGGAGGUGGAGGACCCCUACGGGAACAUCGCGGCGAUCAAGCCCGGGUUCCCGAUGCAGCAGGAGCAGCGCCCGCGCAAGAGCGAGUUUGAGGGCGCGGGGCUGUCGUACCGCACAAGGAAGAGCGGAGACCGGCUGGGCUUCUUCGACCGGAGGCAGGAAUAG